AUGAUUAAAGUUGCCGAGUACAACUUGCUUAGAAAACCCGACAAGGUUUUAAAGGGAGGAUCUGUUGGCCAACAAUUGGCAACUGGCUGA